CAGAGUCGGCUUUCUCAGUGGUCCAGGUCUUCCGAAGCCAUGGGUACCCGAUACCUCCUGGUUCUGUUGCUUGUCCUCCUGGUAUUGGGAUUUGAGGUCCAGGGGGCCCAUGAGUCCCAGCAAGAUGAAACCACCAGCUCCGCCCUGCUCACCCAGAUGCAGGAAUCACUCUACAGUUACUGGGGCACAGCCAGAUCGGCUGCCGAGGACCUGUACAAGAAGGCAUACCCAACUACCAUGGAUGAGAAAAUCAGGGACAUAUACAGCAAAAGCACAGCAGCUGUGAGCACUUACGCAGGGAUUUUCACUGACCAGCUACUUUCUAUGCUGAAGGGAGACUCGUAACAGCUGAGCCCCGAUCGUGGGGGAGGGGAGAGUCCAGACCCCCCACUUCUCAGCACCUGUCAGCAUCUUGCUCCCAGUGCUAGUCUGUCUUCUUAUAAAUAAAUACAUUUAAAAAGCC